UCUUAAACAAGAAUAGCUAAAAUAGAAUCCCUCAUCACUUCAGCCCCUAACGGCAAAAUCCGCCGCCUUCUCACCUUGAAAAGGGUGGAUGUUUUGAAGCUGGAAUAUGAGUCUCAGUCUGAAUUCAGGGGUUUCCGGUCUACUCGAUCAAUGCCAUUUCAGAACAUGUAAUUUGAGAAUUUCACACAGAAAAAUUGUGUCUUUCAAUUGUAGAGGCUCUCUUCCAGAAAUUAAACCUUUAGGCAUCCAGCACUUGCAUCUUUCUGCUACAUCAUCACCACUCUUACAUGGAGAAAAAGGGAGUUUGUUUCAUACCAUUCCCAGUUUUCCUAAAAGGCAUCGGCAAUCGUUGGCUCCAAAAGCAUCCAAAGAUGUGCCUUCCAGUUACCGAUAUCCUGCUAUGACAGAGAAGCCGAAAUGGUGGUGGAGAACUUUGGCCUGCCUCCCUUAUCUGAUGCCCCUUCACGAGACAUGGAUGUAUGCUGAAACAGCGUAUCAUUUACAUCCUUUUCUAGAGGACUUUGAGUUUCUAACAUAUCCUUUCUUGGGAGCAUUGGGGAGAUUACCGAGCUGGUUUCUGAUGGCAUACUUCUUUGUUGCUUACCUUGGAGUUGUGAGACGAAAGGAGUGGCCCCAUUUCUUUAGAUUCCAUGUGGUUAUGGGCAUGUUGCUGGAGAUUGCCUUGCAGGUCAUUGGAACUGUGAGUCGAUGGAUGCCGCUUGCUGUCUACUGGGGCAAAGUUGGAAUGCAUUUCUGGACUGCUAUGGCAUUUGCGUAUUUGUUCACAGUGUUGGAGUGCAUAAGGUGUGCCCUUGCCGGGAUGUACUCCGACGUUCCAUUCGUGUGUGAUGCUGCAUACAUUCAGAUUCCGUACGAUUAAUGACAGUAUGUUACUUUACGUUUCGAAUUAUCAUUAUAAAAUAAGAUCAGAUACUAGAAUGAGACCGGAUUUGUAAUUUUAUGUGUUUACCUUGUUGUGCUACUUCUGUUUUGAAAUUUUGUAUAUGCAGACAGAAUUUAGCCUAUGCGGACUCCUAGUUAUAAAUAUGUCAAAAAAUUCAAUUCCGUCUCCUUA